UAUACACCCUAAAACAGCUGAUAAAGCAAUACAAACACUCACCAUUGAAGAGAGAGAAAAUAAAAAGCUACACUCCUCUCUUUUCCCUGCUACAGAACAGCAACAAUCAAUCCAACAAAAAAAAAAAAAAAUCCCCAAUUUGUCAAAAUUAGGGUUUUAAUUCAAAGCUUUAAAUACCCUUUUCAGCUCAAAUUUAGUACUUUUUCUUCAAAUUAAUCAAUGCAGAGUUUCUGGGUAAUCUUUAGUUUGUUCUAUCAAGUCAAUCUGAUUCUGGGUUACUAAUAAAGAUGCUGGCUAAUCAGAAGAAGAAGAAGAAAUUUCUGCUUUUAGUUAUAAGUUCAGAGAUCUUGAUUAACCAUCUUCAAUUAUUCGGUUAUCGUUGAGUUAUUUCAGAUAUUUCCCACUUUUUUUCUUUUCAAUUUUAUCGUAUAACCUAUGGUUUCUAUAUGAGUAUUAUUUUCGUCGCUUUUUGAAGAGAGUUAAGGAAGAAGAAAAAUGGGUUUCAUGGUUCUGGAGUUGCGGAUUUUCGUCGCUUUUUAGAUCGUUGUUUUUUUUUAUUAUUACAAAAUUAUAAUUAGUAAGGUACUGUUUUUGGUUGCUUGGAGUAUUAUUAGGAAAAUUUCAAGAGCUCUGAUCUCGAAAAUUUGGGAACAAAGAAAACAUUCCUUGUGUUUUUCGCUGCUUCAUCUUAUGUUAGCAGAUAAUUUCUUACGUUGUUAUUAUCCCCAUUAAAAAAAAAAAAAUACAAAACCAAAAAAAAAAAAAAAAAAAAAAACCCAGUUCAUCUACUAGUAGCAGUAUUUAUUUAUCUAUCUAUCUAUUCUUCUAGAUUGCUAUCCAUUUAGACUGUAUCGUUUCGUGUCGAAAACUCGAGUUUUUGUAAGAAAAUGGCAAUGUCCUGCAAGGAUGGUAAGGGAGUGAUGGAUAAUGGGAAGUAUGUGAGGUAUACACCUGAGCAGGUUGAAGCCCUUGAAAGGCUUUAUCAUGAAUGUCCUAAACCCAGUUCUCUUCGCCGUCAACAGCUCAUUCGUGAGUGCCCUAUUCUCUCUAAUAUUGAGCCUAAACAGAUCAAAGUCUGGUUUCAGAAUAGAAGAUGUAGGGAGAAACAGAGAAAAGAGGCAUCACGGUUACAAGCUGUGAAUAGGAAGUUGACUGCUAUGAAUAAGCUUCUAAUGGAGGAAAAUGAUAGGUUGCAAAAACAAGUUUCACAGCUUGUGUAUGAAAAUGGCUAUUUUCGCCAGCAAACUAAUAAAUCUGGGAUUGCUAGUAAAGACACAAGCUGUGAAUCAGUGGUGACGAGUGGUCAACACCAUUUGACGCCACAGAAUCCUCCAAGAGAUGCUAGUCCUGCAGGACUUUUGUCCAUUGCAGAAGAAACUUUAGCAGAGUUUCUUUCAAAGGCCACUGGAACUGCUGUAGAGUGGGUCCAAAUGCCUGGAAUGAAGCCUGGUCCGGAUUCCAUUGGAAUCGUUGCUAUUUCUCAUGGUUGCACUGGUGUAGCUGCACGAGCCUGCGGCCUUGUGGGUCUUGAACCUACAAGAGUUGCAGAAAUCCUCAAGGAUAGGCCUUCGUGGUUUCGCGAUUGCCGAGCUGUGGAUGUGCUUAACGUGCUGCCUACUGCCAAUGGUGGAACCGUUGAGCUGCUAUACAUGCAGCUCUAUGCUCCGACAACUUUGGCACCUGCUCGAGAUUUCUGGUUGCUUCGCUAUACCUCUGUCAUGGAGGAUGGCAGCUUGGUGGUCUGCGAAAGAUCACUUAACAAUACCCAGAAUGGUCCGAGCAUGCCAACUGUGCAGAACUUUGUUAGAGCAGAAAUGCUCCCUAGUGGGUAUCUUAUAAGGCCUUGUGAAGGGGGUGGCUCCAUAAUACACAUUGUUGACCAUAUGGAUCUUGAGCCGUGGAGUGUACCUGAAGUGUUGCGCCCCUUGUAUGAGUCAUCAACAGUUAUAGCCCAGAAAACUACUAUGGCGGCACUGCGUCAACUGAGGCAGAUUGCUCAGGAAGUUUCCCAGCCUAAUGUCUCUAAUUGGGGCAGGCGACCUGCAGCUUUGCGAGCACUUAGCCAGAGGCUGAGCAGGGGUUUUAAUGAGGCAUUGAAUGGGUUUACUGAUGAAGGAUGGUCAAUGAUUGGAAAUGACGGCAUAGAUGAUGUCACUGUUCUUGUUAACUCAUCACCUGAUAAAUUGAUGGCGUUGAACCUUACAUUCGCUAAUGGAUUUCCAGCCGUGAGCAAUACGGUUUUAUGUGCCAAAGCUUCAAUGCUUCUACAGAAUGUUCCGCCAGCUGUACUUCUUAGGUUCCUUAGGGAGCAUAGAUCAGAAUGGGCUGACAACAACAUUGAUGCUUACUUGGCAGCAGCUGCCAAAAUUAGUCCCUGUAGCUUGCCUGGAUCACGAAUUGGGGGCUUUGGUAAUCAAGUUAUACUUCCAUUGGCACACACCAUUGAACAUGAAGAGUUAUUGGAGGUCAUUAAGCUUGAAGGUGUUGUCAGUUGUCCUGAAGAUGCUAUGAUGCCAAGAGACAUGUUCCUAUUGCAACUAUGUAGCGGAAUGGAUGAGAAUGCCGUUGGCACAUGUGCUGAACUCAUAUUUGCUCCUAUUGACGCUUCUUUUGCUGAUGAUGCUCCUCUCCUGCCAUCCGGUUUUCGCAUCAUUCCUCUUGAUUCUGUGAAGGAAACCUCGAGUCCAAAUCGUACUCUGGAUCUUGCUUCUGCUCUGGAGGUUGGUUCAUCCGCAAACAGAUCUUCUGAUCAUUCUGCUUCUGGUAAUAGCAUGAGAUCAGUGAUGACUAUUGCAUUUCAAUUCGCUUUUGAGAGCCAUCUGCAAGACAAUGUGGCAUCUAUGGCUCGACAGUAUGUUCGCAGCAUUAUUUCAUCAGUUCAGAGGGUGGCGUUGGCUCUAUCUCCUCAUUUGGGUUCUCAAGCUGGACUUCGAUCACCACUCGGAAAUCCUGAAGCUCACACUCUAGCUCGAUGGAUUUGCCAGAGUUAUAGAUGCUUCUUGGGAGUGGAGCUACUCAAGUCACCUGGUGAAGGUAACGAUGUUGUCCUGAAGACUCUGUGGCAUCAUUCUGAUGCCAUUAUGUGCUGCUCCUUGAAGGCUUUGCCAGUUUUUACAUUUGCCAAUCAGGCAGGUCUUGACAUGCUCGAAACAACCUUGGUUGCCCUGCAAGACAUCACACUGGAGAAGAUUUUGGAUGACCAAGGACGAAAGACACUAUGCUCAGAAUUUCCUCAGAUUCUUCAACAGGGUUUUGCUUGCCUUCAAGGUGGUAUAUGUCUGUCAAGCAUGGGUCGUCCGGUGUCAUAUGAAAGAGCAGUGGCAUGGAAGGUGCUGAACGAGGAAGAAAACGCUCACUGCAUAUGCUUCAUGUUCAUGAACUGGUCAUUCGUCUGAUACCUGGCAGCCUUAGUUCUAGUAGCACUAGCACUCCCGAGUUAAAUACUUGAACAAAACAGGGUUAUUUAUGUGACUGUGAAGUAGUAAUAUGUUUCUUUUGCUCUCCUGGUUCUUACUAAGGAGACCUUGGUAAACUGAAUCUAUCUAUGGAAGUUGCGUUACGGCUAGGCAGGCAGAGACCUGAAACUGCUUUUCUGUUUAAUUUGGUGUCUCACCUUCUAUGUUU